UGGUUGAAACUAAGAAUAUUGUUUGGGUAGUAAUUCAUAAAAUGUUAUACAAAAUGUCUCAAAGACCUAGGUUUUUAAAUAAAGGAUGUAUAUAACUUUGAUAGGUCAAAACUAAAGUUAAAACCUUGAAUAUACUCUCUAAGUUUCUCAAACAAAUAUAGAAAACUUAGUCUUUUAAUAAAGGAUUCAAUUGAACUAAUUAAGGAAUAAUACACUCCAAAUAUAAAUCUUACAGCCAAGGCCGUUGUGUCCUUAGUUAAUCCUCAAGUGCACCACCCCAGACUUAAUAAUGGAGCAUAUUAUUAUAAAUUAAAGUUCACUCCUUUUAUUUGCAUUCACAGAGUCACACUACUUCGCGAACGGAAGCGGAAGUUGCCCGGCCGGAAGUCUAGUUGGUGGUUGCUGUCGUCCCUCCUGCCGUUUGCCUAUGUAAUGGUAAUGGCCAGAGUAAAAGUGUUACUAAAACACUAAGCUCGCAGCGGAAAUCGAGGAAGUGUUCUGACUUAUAAUGCCCCCGCACACAAAUCCGGCAUAAUGCAGCGCUAAGGCCAAGGGAGCAAACAAAUCCAAGGCAUUCCACUACAGGGCAAACGAAGCUGAAGAGCAGUCCACUCGACGACACCAGAUUUCUAAACAGGACGUGUCGACAAAGCGGCCAACAGCAUGGCGGACCUGGAGCGCAUACGCCUCGUCCUUUUGGGCGGUGCCGGCGUGGGCAAGAGCUCCAUUGUGAAGCGCUUCCUGUUCAAAACCUACACGGACAAAUAUCGCGCCACCGUCGAGGAUCUCUACAAUCGCGAGUACGACCUGGGGGGCGUCACACUAAAGGUGGACAUUUUGGACACGUCGGGUGACAUGCAAUUCCCUGCCAUGCGGCGCUUGUCCAUCGCCACGGCGCACGCGUUCAUGCUCGUCUACGCGGCAACAUCGGCGCCCAGCUUCCAGUGUGUUAAGCAGUGCUUCGAGGAGAUCCGGGAACAACGCGGCGACUUUCAGGACAUCCCCAUUGUGAUCGCCGGGAACAAGGCCGACUUAGCCACCACCCACAGAGAGGUCAAGCUGGAAGAGGUGACCGAUUGGGUGUUCUGCGAGCUGCCGCGCUUACGGGCCAAAGUACUGGAGUGCUCGGCGAAGGAGGACAGCAAUGUGACCGACCUGUUCAAAUCCCUGCUCUCCCUGUCCCGCUUCCUCCCCGCCAGCAGUAGUGGGAGCGGGGGCAGCGGGGGCGGCGGCGAGGCGGCACCCAGUGGUUUCAAACGCCGUUCGUCGGCCUACGUCAGCGCAUCGUCCAGUCGCAAUAAAAAUCGCAUGAACAGCCCGGCAUUGGGAGGCGCCGGUGGCAGUGGAGAUAAGAAGGGCUCCAAUCUGGUGGACGCCGUCGAUGUGGCCAGCACCAGUGCGGAGGCCAAGCUGAAGCCGCGUUCCAGAUCACUCAUACGCCGCGCCUCACGCAAGACCAAGCAGCAAAUCAACAACGCAUCCGACGACUGCAAUGUGCAGUAAACUAUUAUUUUUGCCGGCAGCGCUGCGCUUAAUUAUGUUAUUAUGUUUUGCCACAAUAUCUAUUAAUAAUGGACGCCAGUUAAUUAGCGUGCAUAAACAAGUGGAGCGGUAUUUACGUUUUGUGCAAUGAGCUGAUUAUGCUGAUAAUAUAAAACACACUUGCUCAAGGGUAAAAAAAAGCCAAUGCGCCGUAGUUUUUAACGAUAAAUUCUGAACUUGAUAAUAACUUUGGUAAUUUAUUGCAUAACUGUCUGUAUCGAAUCAGAACCUCUUACACGAAAUUAAGUAACUUGAGCUUAAAAAAUAUGCCCUGAUGACACUGGAUUAAAAUUAGAAAUUGGUUUUAAGCUAUUGUAAGUCAUUAAACAACAUUUGUGUAAUUAAAUAGUUAUGUAUUUUUCCCUAAAAUUCAGUUUCUUUAUCUUUAAAGGCAUUGCAAAAUGGAUUUGUUUUUAUCAAUUCUUAAAGCAGUGCUUUUUGUUAUAUUGACAAAUUUAUUUUUCUGGCAAGUAGAUUGGAAGUUAGUUCUAUACUUUUGGAAGUCCUUGAACCAAAUUUGCGUAAUUUAAUAAAUAUGUAGGAAUGUAUUUACUUUAAAAAUAAGUUUUAUUAGUUUUAAAGGCAUAGCAAAUGCCAAUUUUAUCAACAAAUAUGUUUUUCUGAUAAGUAUAUUGAGUACGGAUGCUAUGACACUUUAAUCUAAUAUCAUCAGGGCAUAAAAGUAAAAGGAUUAUUUCGACAUUGAGCUGACUUGCAAAGUUAUAAUGCACAUAAAUCGAUUUAAGUUCCGGUCAUUACUGUUUAAAGGGACCAGUUUUAUUUAAAUUUAAAAUUAACUUUUAUACGACAAAAGAUUUCAAUUUAAAUUUUCAUAAAUUUUAGUAUAGACUUUGGGUACGCAAUUUGAAUUUAAUUGAAAGAUAAGCAGAGAGACAGGGAAGAGAUUUCGAAGAAUCGUAAUGCCGUUCAAAGAGUUCCUUUUGAUGAGAAAUUAAUGGCUCAGUUGUUGUUGUUUGUUAAUGUUAUUCUCGUUAUGAGAUGGGCGAGGGGGUUUUUUGAUAAAGGACUAAGUUUAAUACGUUUUCCACUGAUGGAUUGUCAUAAUAUUAUGAUAGGUUGCAUAGCUUUAAGGUAAAUUCUAGAAUGCUAAUUUAUAAAGCUCUAUCUGCACCCUUAGCUGACACCAUAGUUAAUAAUACAACGUUCCAUAUAGAAAUAAGAAUAACAUUUUUGAUGGAUGGCCUAGAAUGCUUAUGUUUGCUUUGAGUCGCACUCGCUUGGGUUGAAUCCGGAGUAAAACGGCAAAUGGAAUCACAGGGGCGGGGUGAAUCUGGACUCAAGGCAAAUUUUGUAAAAACAAAGCCAUUUCGCGGCAUUCUCCUUUGGCUCCAGCCACGUAAAAUAACAAAAAACUUUAACAGAGAGCACAAAACAAUUUACUAUGCAAAAAACGUAAUUGUAAAAUAAAUUUGUUGAGUCCGGGGAACAGAGAAAGUCUCGAAAUGCUUAUCAAGGAUAAUACAGGGUGAACUUCUUAUGCUAAAUUGCCAAAUCAAAUUCCCCACAAUGCACAUCAAACUCACAGGAACUCUGUGAGGAGAUUUAUGGUAGAGAAUAAUCGAUAAAUCUAUAUUUAAUUCGCAACUUUUGCAUGCGACUUAUUUUCUCUUUUUUUUUUGGCACAAGUUACACUUGCAAAUGCGGCAGUGCGUGUGUUCGCCAGUGUGUGAUAAGAAUCCUUUGUGUUUGUUUACCGGAAUGUGCUUAGCAAGUAAGAUUUAUUUAAAAGACUACUUUUAGGAAGUACUGAGUAUAAAAGAAAUAUUUAAAGGACAUGUAAAUGAAUGAAAUACGGCAUAUGCAAAGUGAAUUGUGAUUAAACCAAAUACAUCUAAACAAAUGUGUGUACAACUGAGAAAUGAAUGCAAACAAUGCAGUAAUUUCAGUUAUGAAAUCAAAAGUACUGUAAAGAAAUGGAAAAGGGGGCAGAGACAUUUUAAUGUCCGUAUUAAAAUAGUAUUGUUGCUUUCGUCCAGAAAGGAUUGACAGGCCAGACCUAGUUAUACACAUAUACAGCAUUAUGCAUAAUGGUAUUUAGUAAACAGUUUGGAUGUUUGUUUUAUAAGUAAUACGUUUAUACAUUGUUACUAGGUGUAGUUAAUUGACAACAAAUCUGAAGAGCCCAACCCGUAUUUGAUCUCUAAUCAACUAAUCGUAACUUAUAUCGUAACAUCAACCAAUGGGAACACAAGGAUGAGGUGGCAUUCGAUCGACGAGGAGGACAAGAUGCAUGUUAUAUCACAGUAUAUCAACUGACUUAUCCAACUUACCCGAUUUUAAAAUACAUAUUUGUGUACGUAAUUCGAUUGUUCUACCAAAUGAAUGGAAUCAAAGCGACAAACCGUUAUUUACCUACUCUACAGAAUCGAAAGAUUGUAAUCUUAAAAUAGUCAAAAAGAAAACCAAAUUAACUCUCUAAGUGUGCGUAUGUGUGUCAUGUACUUGUAAACUAAUUGAAUUUCAAUUCAAAUUGAAUUAUUGACAAUUGUAUUAGCCAGUUAAAAUAAACCACAAUGCGUCCCAGG